CACACAUGUAUUUCAUUAGUUCUUUCUGUCUCCAUUUUAAUCUCUAUAUUUCUAGUUCACUCUAUCUAUUUCUUCUUUCGGCUCACUUCACCCUCCCUCACCCUGUCUUUCUUUCUUUCUUUCUUUCUCUCUUUCUUUCUUGCUGCCAAUCUCUCUCACUCUCUCAAUCUUUCUUUUCUUUCUCUCUCUCUCUCUCUCUCUCUCUCUCUCUCUCUCUCUCUCUUUCUCUAUCUUUCUCUCUACCCCGUAUCACUUACUGUCGCUCGCUUUGUGUGUUGAGGUGUCCUAACAAAAUAUAAUCGCUACAUUUCUGCAAUGGACGGAGCUGUGUAUGUGUACCCCCAAUACAGGUCACUGCCUAGAAUCGAACUCGGAAUCUUGGGACCACCUGUGGCUCUACUUGGACCGGGUUCAUGUUUGGAUACUGCCAGUCGUUGUGCACCACCUGGCCGAUCGAUCUGCCAAAUACCAUUUAGCGCUUGGAAACUCGAUGGAACUCGCUAUUCGUUUGACAAGCAUUGUCUGUCAUCCUUCUGUCCUCCAACCAUCCACCGACUAUCUACUGCAGCAGGGGCGUUUCACAGGAGCGCUGCCUCAGCUGCUGCUGCUGCAGCCGCCGCCGCCGCUGCUGCCGCAGUUAACAGUGCUGUUGGAGCAAGAACAGGAACUGUGACCAGUGGUGCCAACAGUGGAAAUGGUACCGGUAGUAUUGUUGUUGUUGGUGGCAGCGGCGCCGUAUGUAGUAACGGUGUAAGUAGUAGCAGCAGCGGUGUCUCCCCUGGUAGCAGUAUCCCCGAUGGUCCGUGCUACAACAUACAUGGAAAUACGUCCGUGAGCAUAGCAGCAAGUGCAUCUGCUGCGGCUGCAGCAGUAUCGAGCUUCAUCCCAGCUAUGGGUCACAACAGCCACGGAGCUGCGACCACGCCAAGUCUCUUACAAGCAGCAGCUCAUCAACAGUUUUUACCCGACAGUAAACAUUCAGCCUUAUCUUUUACUUCAUCUUUACAAGGGCCUCAAAAAUUGAUCCCUCCUACUGAUCCUUUCCCUUCCAUGUUGCCCGUUUUUACAGAUUCACUGACACAAUUGAACUAUGGCCGCAAAGUAUUCCCCUGUCCACAGUGUCGUUAUACAACUGACCGGCGAAACAACCUCAAGCGGCAUAUGUUGACAAUGCAUCAAGCUUGCUCCAAACUUCUAGAAUGUUGCGGCAUCCUUUUUACAACGAAAGCAUCUCUUCGUGAACAUGCCAUGAUAUUUCAUUACCAUGGCUAUACGUGCUUCUAUUGCGGUCGGCGAUUUUGUCGAAAAGCCUUGCUUAAAAGACACCUGUCUGUUCACAACGGUCAGAAAGAUUUUGUGUGUUCUGUCUGCGAUUAUGCUACAAGUCACAAAAGCAAUCUUGAACGACACCGCAAAGUUCAUGUACGGCAAGAUGGAGACAAUAGCAAAGAUAGUAGUAGCGGUGUCAGUAACAAUGCUGGAUUAUGCGUAGCUAGUAGUAGUGCUGGAAGUGAUACUGGUGUAGGUCUCGGAGUUAGUGUUGGUGCUGCUACGAUUGACAGUUGUGGAGUUAGUGGUGUCAGUCUUAGCAGUAGUAGUAGUAGUACUAGUAGCAGUAAUAAUAGUCGCUACAAAACAAAUGGUGGUAAUGGCGCGAGUGUAAUUGUUACUAAUUCCGCCUCUCUAUCUCACAGUAAUAACAGAAGUAAGGUCAACAACAAUGAACUGGUCGUGGACAGUCCGAACAGAAGCUACCUUACCAUACACAACCCUCACAGCCUUCACAAUCAUCAACCAGACCCCAGUGAUGUAUGUUCUGAUGACGAUGUUUGUUCUGAGGACGAAGAAGUCGAUGUAAACUGACUAACCAACGCAUCCACAUGCACUCACAUAUCUCCUUACACACACCCACACGCACACACACACACAUGCACACACAGAGAAUCACAUCGAAAUACAUAAAUAAGACUAUCUAUUGAACUAAUUAUUUAUAUAACUAAUUAUCACACAAUAUUGUUUGUCCUGUUAAAUAAUUAUAUAUUUGGGAAAAUAUGAUUGCUGAUAUAUCUACAUGCAGAAUGAAUGCACAAUGCCAUUGCACAAACAUAUACUAAUAAUAAACUAAAGACUUAUGCAGGUACACACAUUCAUAAACCCAUGUACAAUCAGACGAAAUUGGAACUGUUUGGUAAUUAAUAAAAAGCAAUAAUAAUUUGAAAUAUUCUUCAGGUGGGGUUCUUGAUAUGACUCGAUAAAAUAUCGAAAAUGUGAACAUCUCAAAGAAUAUCUUCGAAAAGUAAAAGGUCUAUUUUGUACCUCAAUAAAUAAAGUAUUUUUUUUUGUUUUGUUUUCA